AUAACAACAAGAUACAAUCUAUAGAAAGUAAUACGUUCGUCAAUAUGACAAAUUUGUAUAGUCUGCAUCUCUACAACAAUGAAAUAUCUGCAAUAAAACAGUCAGCAUUUAUGAAUCUACCAAACCUCCGUCAACUACAUCUUUAUGACAACAAGAUACAGGCUAUAGAGAGUAAUACAUUUGUCAAUAUGACAAAUCUGUAUGAGCUGUAUCUCUACAACAAUGAUAUAUCUUCAAUAAAACCGUUCGCAUUUGUUAAUCUACCAAGCAUUCGAAACAUGUAAGUAUAUUU